AUGGCCUUGGAAGUGGUGAAAGUGAUAGGGGUAUUCAAGGUACCUCCGGCACCAAGUACAUCGCCGGAAGCGUUUAUCUCCGGCGAUUACCUUCCUCUCACUUUCUUUGAUGCAAUAUGGCUUAGAUUCCCACCCACCCAACGCGUAUUUUUCUACGAAAUCAAGGAUUUAUCCUUGUCUGUUUUCUCUGACGCCAUUCUCCCCAAGCUCAAACAUGCUCUGUCUCUCACCCUUCAAUACUAUCCCCCACUCGCCGGAAAUCUUACCUGGCACCCCCUCACCGGUAAGCCGGCUAUCCAUUUCGCUACCGACGAUGACGGGGUAUUUCUCACUGUAGCAGAGUCCACCGACGACUUUUAUUCACUCUCCACCGACGAUGUUAAGGCAGCCAAAGACAUGCAUUCUCUAUUGUCGUCGGAUUUCCAUGUUACAGAGAAUCAGGUAAGUAGAUCCUAA